CACCCUCCGAUCACAGAUCAGUGAAGCACUCGCGGACACAGAUCACAGAUGAAGCAUUCGAGCAGCUUGGGUUUCCUCUUCCUCCUGGCGCUCUGCAGCCUGGUCCAGGCACAGGUCCUCUUCCAGGGGUUUAACUGGGAGUCGUGCAAGAAGCAGGGCAGCUGGUACAACAGCCUCAAUGCCCAGGUCGACGACAUCGCCAAGGCCGGCGUCACGCACGUCUGGUUGCCUCCACCCUCGCACUCCGUCUCACCCCAAGGUUACAUGCCUGGGCGCCUCUACGACCUGGACGCGUCCAAGUACGGCACGGCCGUGGAGCUCAAGUCCCUGAUCGCGGCGUUCCACCGCAGGGGCAUCCAGUGCGUGGCGGACAUUGUCAUCAACCACCGGUGCGCGGACAAGAAGGACGCGCGCGGCGUCUACUGCAUCUUCGAGGGCGGGACGCCCGACGACCGCCUCGACUGGGGCCCCGGCAUGAUAUGCAGCGACGACACGCAGUACUCGGACGGCACGGGCCACCGCGACACCGGCGACGGGUUCGCGGCGGCACCCGACAUCGACCACCUCAACGCGCGUGUCCAAAGAGAGCUCAUCGACUGGCUCAACUGGCUCAAGUCCGACGUCGGCUACGACGGCUGGCGCCUCGACUUUGCAAAGGGCUACUCCCCAGCCAUCACCAAGAUGUACGUGGAGAACUCAAAGCCGAGCUUCGUCGUGGCCGAGAUAUGGAACUCCCUGAGCUACAACGGUGACGGAAAGCCGUCGCCCAACCAGGACCAGUGCCGGCAGGAGCUGGUGGACUGGGUGCAGGCGGUUGGCGAGCCGGCGAUGGCGUUCGACUUCACCACCAAGGGGUUGCUGCAGGCGGCCGUGCAGGGCGAGCUAUGGCGGCUGCGCGACAGCUCCGGCAAGGCGGCUGGCUUGAUUGGGUGGACGCCGGAAAAGGCGGUCACGUUCAUUGACAACCACGACACCGGGUCGACACAGAAGAUGUGGCCGUUCCCAUCAGACAAGGUCAUGCAGGGCUACGCCUACAUCCUCACCCAUCCAGGAGUCCCCUGCAUCUUCUACGACCACAUGUUCGACUUGAACCUGAAGCAGGAGAUAUCGACGCUAGCAGCGAUCAGAGCCCGCAACGGCAUCCAUGCCGGGAGCAAGCUUCGAAUUCUCCUGGCCGACGCCGACGCGUACGUGGCCAUCGUCGACGAGAAGGUCAUGGUGAAGAUCGGGACGAGGUACGACGUGGGCAACGUGAUCCCGUCGGACUUCCAACCCGCUGCGCACGGCAAGGACUACUGCGUCUGGGAGAAGGGGAGCCUCCGCGUCCCGGCAGGCCGGCACCUUUAGCACUUCAAGAACUGUGAUGCAACACUGAAUAGUCCACAAUCUUUUUCGAUAACGAGCAUUUCCUGAAUCUUACUCUUGUAUUUCAAUUUCAAUUUUGACAUGUAAACACUGUCAUGAUAAACACAUAAAUAAACAAGCUUGAUCUCCUGAACC